AUGGUUCACAUUUCCCUACUUCUGUCAGUUAGCGAUUUAGCGCGAUCGUCAUCCACUGCUGCCGCUGAAUACCACACUACACGUCCGACUUGGUUUACCGUAGUCACGAAUUCAUUACUGAGUAAAAUACAGAAGCAGGAAAAUUUGGACUAUUGGAUUUUGAUCCAGUGGAUCAACGGGGACGUAAUGGCUUUGGGAACUGAAGGUCCUGGGUUCAGACUACGGCGAUUUCAC